AUGGAGAGUGCCAAAGCACAAAUACAGGCACAAAUGAAUGAAACUGAUGAUCUCAAAGGGGAGUUGGGAUACACCGAAAGGGCUCUACAGCAGACUCAAGACUGCUUGACUGAGAUGCAAACAGAGCCUCCAUCCCCACCUGAUCAAGACCCUUCCUUAGUAGACCAAAUCUCAGACUUGCAUGACACCAUUGAGAGAAAGGAAGCUGAGCUUUCGGGUACUAAUUCAACAGUUCUUGAGAAAUUACAGGAGCUGUCAAGAAUGAAGAGCUGCCUAGAUCAGCCCUCAACUGAGGCGAGGGACCGGAAGGCCCAGUUUGAAAGCAAAAAGGUGGCCCUUGAAGCUGAAGCAAGACAUUCUGCAGAUUUAAAGCAACUUCUCAUAGAGGCUCAAAAGAAACUUAGUCCGGGUCAACACCAGCAAGAUCAGAGUGGCCAAAGCUCACCAAGUGAUCAACAGGCACUCCAAUACCCCACUUUUCGACUGAGUCGUAUCUCCAAAGGACAUCAGGGCAGUCAAGCUCUGGUUACACUGGACAGACCCCUGGUCAUAAUUUGUCGCACCUCUCCCAACCAACCACUGCUGGGUAUCAUUCACAAGGGCCUGAUCGUUACUCUCUCGGCCCUACGAGGCUAUCUCUGAGCUACCAACCUCAGUCCACACCUGCUGCUCGUCAAGCAGCAUAUCCCACAGACAGGGAUCUUUACAAAAUGGCGCGUAAUAUCACACGCUUUGAACCCAAUCGCAAAGGUUCAGAAGACCCAAUCACCUACUUGAAAGACAUCUACUUCUACUUGAGGAAGUUUCCAGGUGCUAUUGUGGAUGACAAAAUCUACUUGAUCAAAGCUACCUUCAAUCGAGAGGUAAGCAGCUUCUUGAACGACAACCCCCGUCAGGUCAAGAACGACUACGACUUGCUGUGCCAGGCAUUUAUUGACGAGUUCUCUGACUCACUUAUGCCAACUGGUUUAGCCGCUACACUGUUAGUCAAACACGAGAGACAGGAAUCUCCCCAGUCAUACUACAGUCGCCUGCGCCAGGCUUACUUUGGUUGUCAAAAUGAACCUGAAAUGGAGGAGGACCUAAACUUCAAAACCUUGUUUGUUCAAAACCUCCAUCCCACCACCAGUCAUCACCUUGGUGUCAUCGCUUGUCCCCGAACCUUAGACAGCAGACAGCUCCGCGAACUGGCUGUAAAAGGCUUUGCUUAACAACGCCACACCUAAUCUAAGAAAUCAGAACCUGGUACUGUCCUGGCUGUGGACACAAAGUCUAUGCCCCUAGGCCUGGAGGGCGGGGCAGUUGGUGCGCACUCAGAUUCACCUCAACCUGUAACCGCCCGACCAUCCCAGAAUCUAAAGGCAUCCUGAUAUCAGACAGCUGAUAAAGGUCGAAACCCAAAGCAACCUUGGUCUGACAGUGGACAACACCAGGUCAGAUUUGACGAAAAUCGUCUACCCUCAUACUUUCGCAGGGGUGGGGCUCGCCCUAAACAACAGGGGGUGGAGAGACCGGUCAGAUCGUUACGGUCCACGCCAGGGAUGAGACUCUGAUCGACCUUACCAGCAGUCUCAGUUGGUACCCUCUGAUGAAGAGACGGGUACAAAGACCAAAUUAGACCCUCCCCAGAAGGGUGAUGGGCCUAAAGGUGAAUCAAAGUCCUCUGACCUGACAGAGGAAGAAGACAGACUUCUUAGGCGUAUACUCAGUAGAGUACAGAGAAAAGGAGAUAAGAAAGCAGAUCUUUUCGCCAUCACCGUCGCUGCCGUCCAGCCAGACACUUCUGAGCCAAGCACUGUGUCUGUCCAGCAGACUGCAGUUCAGGAGGAAGUGCGUAUGUCCCUACAGGAGUUGGCGACGCUUCCACUGGCUGACAUCACUGUCGAUCUUGAACCUCAAGACAGUACAUCGCAGGAAACUACAUCUACCAGCGCUGUCUUGGUAGUUCAGGUGAAAUCCGCAGAGGAGCCAGCCAAAGAAGACUCCUCACUCAUUCAGCUUGAACCCCCUUUCUCCAAUUUUUGUGCAACCUCACUGAGAAAGGCAUCACACAGAAGUUUUACAUCAACACUGUUCUUGAAAAUGAACUUGAACACAAAGCACUCUUGGACACUGCUGCUGACAUCAUUGAUGUCUGCAAUGCUUUUCAACCACUUGUGCAGCAUAGUGCAGCAGUCCAACAGGGACAUCAAGAUGCAGCCGUGCGCCAUGGAGAUUCUGCCAUACUCCACAGACAGUAGGACUUUAAAAACAAUGACCAUGUUGAACAUCUCCAUUGGACCAAUGAACAUCAUGCACCCUGUGUAUGUGUCAACCCUUGAGCCGAUUCCUUUCCUCAUUGGUCAAGACCUCUUAAAACGGUUUGAGCCCCUGAUCGAUUAUCGACAGCUGAAAAUAUGGACACAGGUCCGCAGACCAUUACACAUACCAGCAACUGACCGAAAACAGGCUAAGUGUUACGCCCGGAUGCAUGAACUUUCUCCAAGCACACCGGCAAGUGUGAGUUCACUGGAGUUAACCUACUUGUCUGACCAUGAGCCACAACCUUGCUCGAGGCCUUUCGACGACUCAGUCAUGAAAAGAGACACGUUUUUGUGCAAAUUUGAUGACACCAAUGGACCCGACAUUCCCGGGCCAUUGAUCACUGAUGGAGUUAAGCUGAAUGGAAAUCAUGUCGACAAUGCGAUUUUGGCCCUUUGGGCUGAUAAAUCAGCUAUCAGCCGCAAACUGUAUGACACCUUGUCUAGGGAUGACCCAAACCUUCCGUGCAUUUGGAAAGCAUUUCACUUCCCUUUGGACUCCCUUCCUAAAGCUACCAUUACAGCUGAGGGCGUCUGUGCCUUAACUUUACGGUGGAACAAAAGGGAGAUGACACACCACUUCUUGGUCAUCCCAGACCUACCACAUCAUGUCUACAUGGGAAGUGAUAUACUGGUCAGGUUGGCAGUCCAGGUUGAUACCAUUAACAAUGUGCUGUGGUCACUUACAGGUGUACAUGACAAAACCCAGACUCCUGAUGUCGAUAACAUCAAAUCAGGACAGUCGAUCCCUGAAGCCUGUCAGGUGUCCAUUGACCACAACAUUGUCAUACCUGCAAUGACCAAAGACGUUCCCAUUCACUUGAACCUACAAUGUGGACAACAGCUGUUGCACACCCAAGCUUUCUUCCAGCCAUCAUUGCUCUUUCUUAAACACGGGCUGUCUACCCAGGCAACCCCUCUUUUAGAGCUUCACUCUAGAUUCACACACUUGCUUGUACAAAACACGACAUCGGAGGACAUCCUGAUCCCUUAA